UUGAUCGAUCUUAGACAUGCACAUUGUGUCUAUAUGGUCUAUUGAUACAAAGAAGAACCACAUUUUCUUAUCAAGUUUUAUUGACUUCUUUUCUCUUAGACACAUGUGCAGCAGGAAGUUGUGCAAAGUAUAGUCAAGUAAACCUCAUAGAAAACAAUGACUUGUCACCUUUAUUGUUGGCAAAACAGAAAACAAACAAGAUUUGUUCUUGUCUUUGAAGGCCUAAACAAUUGUUUCAUCUGAUCAUGUUUUAGCUCAUGACAAGCUGCAGCAGAGAGGUUCGUUUCUUUAAACCGUCAGUGAAAAAUGAUGUGGAACAUUUUAAUAGUAUCUAUAUAUUAUUGAAGGGGCAGUUUUGGAAGUGCAGUGUACCUUUUAUCGUCAGCGGAGGGAAUUGACCCAUAGCAAGGUUUUAAACAUCUAAUAAAUACAAUUUAACAGCAUAAAUGUAAACUGCUUGUAUUUAGUUUUAGUAAUAGCCAUAGAGAUUACUGCUCUCAGGUUCUGCUCUACCUCUCUAAUUAUUGUUGCCACAUUUUUUAUCACACUUAUUUAUCUUCACUCUGACUUAUGUCAAAGAUAUUAGGAGUCCUGUUGAGUUUUGCAUUUGCUAUAGAUAUGUAUGCAGAAAUUUGAAUGUGUGUGUAUUAGUUUGUAUAUGAUGAUGCAGGUAACAAAGCAGCCGUGUGUGUGCAGGGUUGAACAGAGACAAAAUGUGGCCUGCUCAGAGGGAUAAAGUCAUGAUUUAGUGCAAAAAUGCCAAUGACAAUGACAGGGCCAGUUUAUAUGCUGACGAUCACAUUUAAAAUGGCAUGGUGGAUUUACACUCAGGUGGCAGUUCUUUUUAACUAAUGCAGGCUAGCCCUCAUGAAGGUUUUAAUGUUUGUGAAACAGUUUUAGGGAGGUGUUGAUUCGGAGGCUAGUGUUUGUGGUGGUGUUAAACUGUUUAGUGUUUCCAGUAAACAUUAGGCAGCAAACAAGUAUAAUAACUUGAAAAGACGCAGGAGCACUUUAGAAUGAUGCUGCAGCGUAUUAGUGUCCGUGGAGAGAGCACACCUCUCUGAAGGUCUGAGCAUGAAAGCUACGCAAUGAGGUUUCUCUAAUAUUUUGUCCACCCUUAUUGAUAUAAACUGGGUGGAGAAAAUAUAUGCAAUCACAUUCAAACUGCAGCCUCCAAAAUGACCACAGAGUUGAAGCAACACCUCUCUAAAAACUGUUUCAACCUUACAAACUGGCAGAUGAGUGUAUUAUUUCGAUCUACAAAGUGCCUUCCUAAAUAAUAAGAUUUAGGUUUUUUUUUUUAAUUGAAAUCUGAGCACCAUGUGUGGUUAGUAAUGUAAUGUUAUACCUCCUCCUAUUUUCAGCCAUGAGGCGCCAUGCUCACUACUAGCUGUGGCAGCAGUGCCAUCUCCUGCUGAGCUAAGCACAGAGCAUAUUAGCAGCCUGUCAUGAUGCUGCUGAGAGGAUUAGCUUUAGAUUUACUGCACAUGACCGUCGUGACCAGUGACAGACAGACAGACAGACAGCUUUUACACAGAGCUUGAAAAAGAUGGCACCUGCCUGCAGCAAAUUAUUCUCACUUUAGCUUUAAUACUGGAGCUCUGUCUCUCUGGUGACAAGUAGCUAACAGCAGCCUCAUCUGCGUGUCUGAGACUAUUGCUAGUGAUGAUGACACACGUAAGAGAAAGCCAGCCUCGCACGUGCAAUACUAUAGCUAUUAAUACCACAGCUGUCACUGUACAGGAAACCCACGCACAGUUUCAUCUAACGCUGCAGCCACAACAUGUGCGAGAAAAUAGCCAGUGUUUAAACUGGAAACCAGAAAAUGGGUUAAAAAUCAGUUUCAGCUCAGUGUUUUAGACGCUGAACAGUCCCUCGCCUGCAGCACCCAGAAGUGAACAGCAGGCGACCCGGAAGGUUUGAAGUCCGACUGAGAGCGAGCAGAAAGAAGAGUCUAAUCCUUUAUAAAAUAUUUCUUCUCUCGCUGGUUCAGGAUGGCUGAACCUCGCUUUAACAAUCCCUAUUUUUGGCCUCCACCUCCUACUAUGCCUGGCCAGCUGGAUAACCUAGUCUUGAUCAAUAAAAUCAAGGAGCAGCUGAUGGCAGAGAAGAUCAGACCGCCGCAUCUGCCCGCUUCCUCAGCUCCUUCUCAACAGCCCUUACUGGCUCCCCCCAGCCAGGCGGAUGGCAGCCAGCACGGGAUGUCCAAAGCCCAGCAGAUGCCGGUUCUCCACAGCCACAACCCGUCUCAGCCUGAUAUAGCCCUGCACGCCCGCCCCGCCUCCAGCUCAGUCACAGGUCGUAUUCUGGGGGAUGUAAAUUUGAAUCUGGAUGACAAGGCAGCUAUAAAAGCCAGAGGAUUAUGGGAAGACUGGCAUCUGCGUCAACUUAUAGACCAUCCCUCCAGGACAAACCACGUAUCAGGUGUGGCGCUGGCAUCCAGAACAGGCAACCUCAACACUUCAGAGAUCAUCACCCCCACUACACCCACCUCAAGCAGCCACAGCCGGCUGGGCGGAGCCCCCACACCUCACCUCAUCUCAGGGUUAGCCUGUGGUCAUGGGAUGGAGCCUGGGAAAAACAACGGGGGCCUCGUGGGACUCCUUGGCCCUCCUCCAAGGGAGGAACGAGGGCGUAAGAAGAUCAAAGCAGAGAAUGGGUCUUCUCUUUUGGUGGUGCCCUACCCGAUCCUAGCCUCAGGCAACGACCAGUCCUGUGUCACCAUCACUGCCAAAGAGGGAAAAACGUACAGGUGUAAAGUUUGUCCGCUGACCUUCUUCUCCAAGUCAGACAUGCAGAUCCACUCCAAAACACACACAGAGGCAAAGGCCCACAAGUGUCCUCACUGCACUAAGUCCUUUGCGAACGCAUCUUACCUGGCCCAGCACCUGCGCAUUCACCUGGGUGUCAAACCUUACCGCUGCUCCUACUGUGAGAAAUGUUUUCGCCAGCUCUCACAUCUGCAGCAGCACACCAGAAUCCACACAGGCGAUCGGCCGUAUAAAUGCGCCCAUCCAGGCUGUGAAAAAGCUUUUACUCAGCUAUCUAAUCUGCAGUUUGUCACUGUUUUCUUCUCCCUGCUGAAGUCUCACCAGAGGCAGCACAACAAAGACAAGCCCUUCAAAUGUGCCAACUGUUACCGUGCCUAUUCGGACUCUGCCUCACUGCAGAUCCACCUGUCUGCACACGCCAUCAAAAACGCCAAGGCCUACUGCUGCAGCAUGUGCGGCAGGGCAUACACCUCGGAGACGUACCUUAUGAAGCACAUGUCUAAACACACAAUGGUGGAACAUGUGCUUUCCCAUCACUCCCCUCAGCACAGGACAGAGUCUCCCACCAUCCCUAUACGGAUCUCACUCAUCUGAGCUCCUCACCCGUCUCUUGUCAGAGACGUUUCCUGUAAUAUCUGCGCUCCUCUGAUGGACUUGAAAUGUGCCAGAUUGUACAAGUAUCUUGUGAAGAGGUGCUCUUUGAAUGAGUAUAUCCUCCUUUCCUUUCUUGCUGACCAUAUAGUAUUAUCGGGGACAUCCAAAGAUGACUUCUCAGCACUUUCAGGCCUGGACAGGCCUAUUAAUUUCUCUUUUUAUGUGACUUCACAGGGGGAAAAAAGUAUUGUUCCGGGCAGCUACAUGGAAAAUCUUUUUAAACUUUUGUUGUUAUAACAGAUUACAUUGUCUUUUUUAUAUGGUCCUUUACUUUCUUUACUUAUGUCUUUGCAAAAAUGAAUAUAUUUACAUCAGAAAUAGUCUUCCGUUAGCUGGGUUGCCAAGUGAACAUAAAGGUGAAUGCUUAGAUAAAGUGUAUUCAUGUAUAUCGUACCACUUUUUAUGUGUGUGUCUGUAAUGUUUCACCAAUCACAUGGCCAUACAUUUUUUGCUCUGUUGCCAACAUCACCCUGACCAGGAUGUGUGACUCAUAAUUAGAAGGAUGGAUAUAUUUUCUUUUUCAUAUAUUUUGUAAUGUUAUAAAAUAUGCUCAAGGCAGUCCUCAAGCUUAACCUGGACAAGUUUAAAAAGUGCUUUGGGUCUGCUAGAACUGUUAGUGUUUAAUAAAAAGACACAGACCACUCAAAAACUGAAAUUGAAACUUUAAUUGAUGCAAUAAAUGUGAGAGCUUUCAAGUACUUUAAGUACAGAAAGUGUUUCAAAAAUGUGUUUUUGUCAAAUUCUGUCAAAACCCCCUGAAAAUAUAAUAAUUUAUUUAUGUGCAUUAAUCUUUGACAAAUUCACCACAAUAUUUAUGAUUAUUAUGUCAAUAUUAGAUUGAACAAUGCACUCCCAGUACUUUUUUGUCCUCUUUGUAUUUGAUUGGGUGUGCAAAUAAAUAAAUGUAGCGGCAAGACUGAAAUGUUACACCACCACUCUGCUGCUGCCACAUAAUGGUGUGUUACCUUCCAUUAAUGGGUUCUUGUGUAACUGAGGUAUCACUCUCGUUUUAUGAAUGAACACUUUGCCAUUUUAUAUGCAUUUAAGCCUUAACUUUGUCCACGCUGUUGUUUUAUCACUUUACAUUUGCCUUUUAUGUCAUUGCAUGAUGUAUACUGUAAAUAAAGUAUAUUAACUGUCAACCUGUUUUAUAAUAAAUAAUUCUAUAAUUA